UUCGUUAAAUGAACGCAGAAGCAUGUGGUGAGAAGGAGGCAUUUGAAGCGCGGGAGCGCGAUCGGAGAAGCGGCGACGACGAUGGAGGCGGCAGGGUGGCGGCGGCCCUAUAAGGCCGCUGGUGCUCGAAGAGGAGGAGGGAUCUCGUCGUGCCUGGAAUGCCGGAAUCGUCGUCGCCGCGUCGUCCUCGACGCUCGGAUUGCGAGAUCCGAGAAUGACGCAGGACAACGGCGCCGCCCCAGCGAUGCGUUUUCGCGGAGGUUGACGGAGGUGAGUUCGAUGGAACUCGGUGCCGCUUUGCCCGCGAUCUGCGCUUGCUCACACCCCUCUCUGUUCUCCCGUUACAUGUCUCGGCUAGGAGUCGGACGCACCGAAGCUUCCAGAACGCGAACGAGAAAGGGAAGAAUGCCGUACCCGAGCGACAACGGAGAUCAGGAAUCAGACUUCGAUCUUGAGGAAUCGAAGGCCGAGCGGGACUCGCAUCGGAGAUCGCGGACGGAGUCAGAGCUCGAGGGAUUCUUUGCGGCUGCGGAGGGCGAGUUACGGCGGCGAUUCGCCGACAGGUACAACUUCGACGUCGCCGGUUCUCUUCUCGCCUCUUGUUUCCCUCAAUUUCCUUUCAACAAUAAAAAAAAGAGCAUUCAUCCGUCCGAAAGCUCAGUCAAGUACCGGUGAUGACGAAAACAUUGACGAAGAAAGGAAUUUGGAGCAUGAGGGAUAGAAUCAUUGAUAUGGUAUCCACGAUCCUAUAAAUAUACCAAACAUCCAAAAGUAUUAGAAUAAAUAUAUCAAACACCCAAAAGCAUCAGAGAGAACUAAUAAAGAUGUCUCUAGCUCAGAAGAGGCAUCGAUCGGAGAAGAGAUGAAGACUAAUAAAUAUGUGCGCAUAAAUAAGACUACUCUCCAAUGCGUCCUUGGCCAAUGAAGAAGACCUCCCUUUUUAUAUUGCCUUUUAUAACUACCGCAAUCAUAAGGCAUCAGAGAAUAUCAAUGUACG